AACAUCAUAAACCAAACCAAACUCUGUUCCAAGUUCCAACCUCUAUAUGAGCUUAGUUCUCAGUCUACAACGAACUGCAAUCACCGACAACAAAAGGACAACAAACUCCGAUUGUGACACACUACUAACAACAUCAAAAUGCUGCAAAUGGGCACCGCCGGAGAAGCCACCGACGGAAGCUCCGGUGGCCGGACGGUGGUAGUGGGGGUGAAGAUGGACUCUCACAGCAGAGAGUUGCUCACUUGGGCUAUGGUCAAAGUUGCUCAGCCUGGUGAUGUUGUGGUUGCUCUUCAUGUUCUUGGUAAUGAUGAAAUUGUGAACCGGGAUGGAAAAUCGUCUCUGUUUUCGGUCGUCAAAGCGUUUGACUCUGUUCUUGCUGUUUAUGAAGGAUUCUGCAAUUUAAAACAGGUUGAUCUGAAGCUCAAAAUUUGCCGGGGUUCAUCGGUGAGGACAAUUCUGGUUCGAGAAGCAAAUGCUUAUUCUGCAACUCAUGUUAUAGUUGGAACACCUCGAGGUCUUCAUAAAAUCCGGCCAUCUACUUCUGUAGCUAAGUACUGUGCUAAGAAGUUAUCCAAGGAUUGUUGGGUUCUUGCUGUUAAUAAUGGGAAAGUUGUGUUCAAGAGAGAUGGCUCACCAGCAAAUCGUGCUGACUUAAAAGGAUUUGAUCUGGAUCAAAGAAAUGGGUUGCUCGGUUCGAUUCACUGGACACUCAGCAAGAGUUCAAAAGUACUAAAUGAUGAGGGUAGUGGUCAAAUUUCAGAUCACAGCUUAGCUAAGGUUUUUAUGGAUUCUGCAGAAGUCAAUGGAAAAAAGAGUUGCUUUAUUUGUGCUUCAACCCCAGCAUUGCCAGAAUCAUCUUGUAACUCAUCUACAGAAGAGUCUUCUGGUGAUGUUAGUAAUGAGAAUAACUCUGUGGCUAUAGUACCUGUACCUGAGUUGAAACCAGGUUGGCCUCUACUACACAAGACAAUUUUAUCAGAGAGGCAAUCUACUGAAAGAUCAUUGUUGCGCCAGAUCUCUGUGGUUCAGUGGGCAAUGCGGUUGCCCUCUAGAAAUAUUUCAUAUGCUGCAAAUCAUGACCUCAAAGAAAGCAAUUGUGACCGAGAUAAAGAUCAAUUUUUGGCUCUAGAUAGCAAAAGUGGCGCUCUUGUUCCAGUGGAUGCUGAAAUAGGGACUGCUUCUUCGCCUGAACGUAAUUCAAGAAGCAUUCCUAAAGAAUUGGAGGGCCUUCAUGAGAAAUACUCAUCGACUUGCAGAUUGUUCAAGUACCAAGAACUUGUAUCAGCAACAUCAAAUUUCUUGCCUGAAAAUUUGAUUGGGAAAGGAGGAAGUAGUCGGGUUUAUAGAGGAUGCCUUCCUGAUGGCAAGGAACUUGCUGUUAAGAUCUUAAAGCCUUCUGAUGAUGUUUUGAAGGAGUUUGUUCUAGAAAUAGAAAUUAUCACUACCUUGCAUCACAAAAACAUUAUUUCCCUCGUUGGGUUUUGUUUUGAAGAUGGCAAUCUUCUUUUGGUCUAUGAUUUGUUAUCAAGAGGAAGCCUUGAAGAGAACCUUCAUGGUAAUAAGAAAAAUCCACUUGUGUUUGGUUGGAAUGAGAGAUAUAAGGUAGCAAUGGGUGUUGCUGAGGCUUUGGAGUAUCUGCACGACAGUGAUGGCCAACCUGUGAUCCAUCGGGAUGUAAAAUCAUCAAAUAUAUUAUUAUCUGAGGAUUUUGAACCACAGCUCUCUGACUUUGGACUUGCUACAUGGGCCUCAACCUCAUCACCAUAUAUAGUCUGCACAGAUGUUGCUGGAACCUUCGGUUACUUGGCUCCUGAAUACUUCAUGUAUGGUAAAGUAAAUGAUAAGAUUGAUGUCUAUGCAUUUGGUGUCGUACUUCUUGAGCUUCUUUCAGGGAGAAAGCCCAUAAGUAGUGAUUACCCCAAAGGUCAAGAAAGCCUUGUGAUGUGGGCAAGUCCAAUUCUUAAUAGUGGGAAGGUGUCACAGUUGUUAGAUCCUAGUUUGGGUGAUAACUAUGAUCAUGAAGAGAUGGAAAGGAUGGUCUUAGCAGCCACACUUUGUAUCAGACGUGCUCCAAAAGCUAGACCUCAUAUGAGCCGCAUCUCAAAGCUCCUUGAAGGUGAUGCUGAUGUAAUCAAGUGGGCAAGGCUAGAAGUUAAUGCAUUGGAAGCACCAGAAAUGCUAGAUGAUGAAGCUUGCCCACCUUCUAAUCUACAGUCACAUCUUAAUCUUGCACUGCUUGAUGUGGAGGAUGACUCGCUCUCCAUGUGCAGUGUUGAGCAGAAUGUCUCCUUGGAAGACUACUUGAGAGGCAGGUGGAGCCGCUCAUCAAGCUUUGAUUGAGCAAACCACUAGCGAAUUGCCAAAAGCUUUUUUAUCUAAAUCCUUGUAGAUAAUGUUUUCUUGUGUUGCCUGUUCCAUUAUCUUUGGCAUCCUUUAUAGAUAGGUUUAGGAUGUGAGGUUGUUUGUGUGUGCCCUCCUCCUUCCCUUAAUAGUCAGUCAGGAAAGUACGCCUUGUAAUUUGUUGUGCUGAGUUAACCUUUGUCGUUCACUUCAAAUGGUGCCAGGUUUAAUCCUUGAUCUCGAUUUGAUCAAGUUGUAACCUGUUGCAGUGGCAAAAAGUUGUUGCUAAGAACAUAAACUACAUAAGGAUUAU